AUGGUUGUGCAGGACAGUGUGGACCCUGGGGACGCGGGGCUGGUGCUCCUGGAGCCCUUCCUGCACCAGGUGGGGGGGCACCUGAGUGUGAUGAAGUAUGACGAGGACACCGUGUGCAAGCCCCUGGUCUCCCGGGAGCAGCGGUUCUACGAGUCCCUGCCACUGGCCAUGAGGCGCUUCACCCCACAGUACAGAGGCACCAUCACGGUUCACCUACAGAAAGACAGCCUCGGCCACCUCAGCCUGGUCGCCAGCCCCCUGCGGGAGAACCGGGAGUCCUUCAAGGUCUCCGCGGGGCCGGCCGUGGUGGCGAUAUGGCAGAAGCUCCAGCAGACCAGCGGUGGCGGAGGCGCGGGGACCCUCUCCCAGUGGCAUCACGCCCAGCUGGCACGCGCGCUCCAGGAGAGCCCAGCCACUGCGCUCCUGAGGUCCGAGUUCCACCUCAGCACCCACGUCGCCUUCCUGGUGGAGGAUGCUAACGGGAACCAGGCCAAGAGGGGGAGCUUCAACCCGUGGGGUCUGCACUGCCACCAGGCCCACCUGACCCGCCUCUGCACCGAGUACCCAGAGAACAAGCAGCACCAUAUCCUUCCAGCCUCCCUGCCACGGGUCCCAGGGCAGAAGGCGCACCUAUGA